UGUAUUUUAACCAAUUGUCAGUAACAGUUACAGGCAUUUAAUUUUUUGAGUUUAAAGUUUUUUAUUUGUGAAUAAAAAAUGCCACUAUUUAUUUGCGAUACAUGAUAUGUUGCAGUAGUUAAUGCAUAGAAGUUAUGACAGAUAUUUACUGAAAUAUAACUUUGAACGUAUACAAAGAAAAAAUAAUUGUUAGUUACACUCUUGAGCUAGAAUUUUUAGUGUUACAAAAGGCAUUUUUAUUUUGUUUAGUCCUUAAAGUUCAAAUACAUUAUAAGUUGCUUAAAAAUGUCACUUGUUUUAAAACCUACACGUUAUGCCCAUCCAGAAGGACAUACUGAUGUUUGUUAUUUCACAGGAGAAAAAGGAGGACUCAUUACUUGUGGAACAGAUGGAGAUGUACGAGCCUGGGUAAAUUUAAUGGACGAUGACCCAUCAGCAAGUUGUAUUGCUGAAACUGCUACAACAGUAGUUGCAAAAAAAGAAAAAGUUUAUGCUGGGAAUGAUAAUAAUACUGUACAAAUUCUAAAUCAUCCACAACUUGACAAAGAGGGCAUUGUUACAAGAUUUGCAGCUACUGUUUGUGCAUUAGCAACUGCUAAAGAAAGUAGUUUAAUUGUUUCUGGUGGCUGUGAUAUGCGAAUUCAAGUUUCAAAUGUUGAUACAAAUGAAAACUUUGAACUGUUAGGGCAUGAAGCUCCAAUAUUGGGAUUGUCACUUGAUCCAAGAGAUGAAUUUUUGGCUUCUUCAAGUGGUGAUGGGACUAUUAGAAUAUGGAGCAUUAAAGAUAAAAAAUCAAUUUACACUUGGAAUAACAUUGUUCCAAAAGCUAAUUCAUUUUUUACUGCUAAAGCUUAUGGUACACCUUCAUUUGAGACUAAAAGUGGAAAAUAUCUUGCUUAUCCUCAUGGAAAAGAAGUUAUAAUUGUAGAAAGAGGAACAUGGAAAGAAAGUUUUAGAUUAAAAUCUACUGAUAUUAAAAAUGAUAUAAGUAUCUGUAGAUUUUCUGAGUGUGGUACAUUCUUAGCAGCAAGUACCGUGUAUGGUGAAGUAAUAGUUUGGAAUUUUGAAAGUAAAGAGCCACUUGGAUAUGUUGAACAUAAAACUAAUGCUAAAAUUACUUCAAUGGCUUGGAAUCCUGUAGAACCCAAUGAAAUAGCAUAUUGUGAUGCUCUUGGACAGUUAGGGUGCAUUGAUGUUAAUAUAGCAAAUUCUGAAUUUUUUGACAUAAAACCAGCUAAUGGGCAUGUUGUUAAGGAUGAUUUUAUGUUUGAUGAAGAUGAUGAUGAUGAUGAUGAUAACGUUAUAUCUUUGAGUAAAAUAAAAGCAUCAGUUGUUAACGACGAUCAGAAAAGUAUAUCCUCUAUUACUUCCGAAAACAAGUAUGUAGAAAAACGAGUUUUACCAGAAAUAAAUCUUCAAGAACCAUUUCAGCCUGGUUCUACUCCAGAUCAUCUUAUAUCACGUUAUAUGAUGUGGAAUGAUGUAGGAAUAAUUAUGCGUUUCAAUUCAGAAGACGACGAUGGUGAUAAUAUUGAAGUGAACUUUCAUGAUGUGACGGUACAUCAUUCUGUGCAUAUCAGUAAUUACGUAGGUCAUACAAUGGCAGCUUUAUCUGCAGAAGCUUUAGUACUUGCAGCACCUCGUAUUGACGAUAAACCAAGCAAACUAGUUGUUGUAGCUCUUCAAGUUACUGGAAACAAAGAAUGGUCAGUGGAUCUUCCUGAUGAAGAGGAAGUUCAAGCGGUCGCUGCCGGAACAACUUUUGUUGCUGUCGCUACUAAUGCGAGAACAUUAAGACUUUUUAUGCCAGGUGGAACACAGCGAGAAGUUGUGAGUUUACCAGGACCUGUCGUAGCUAUGAACGCUCUUGGAAAUAAUCUUGCAAUUGUAUAUCACUCCAGUAUAGGAGCUUUUGGGGAUCAAAUUUUAAACUUAAUGUGGAUUCGAAUUUGCGGACCGAAUUUAAAAAGUCAUACAUUACGAGUUCCACUUUCUCCUAAAUCUCAUUUGAUGUGGGUAGGAUUCUCCGAUAUUGGUUCUCCUGUAGUUUUAGAUUCGGAAGGAAUAAUAAAUAUGUACGAUAAAAAAGCUAUAUUAUGGAGAGUAGCAUGUAAUACCAAUAGACACAAAAAAGGCAAAUUUGAUCAUUACUUUAUUAUUGGUGUGAGUGAAUCGGAAGGACUUAUGCGGUGCAUAUUAUGUAAGGGUAGUCACUAUCCACAAACAACGCCACGUCCGAUUGUCACCGAAGUAACGUUAACCAUACCUCUGUGUGAUCCCGAGUCUAAAAAAUCGGAAAAUGAAGCUUUAAUAUGGCGUCCAGGAAAUAAUCCUGUUGAUGAAAGUAAAGCCAUGUUAGCUCUGAUAGCUGAAGCCAUUCUUCAAGAUGUUGAAUACCGAGUAUUAGAGAUAUGCCAGCAAAUUGCUCCUCAGAAAGUAUUAGAAUUAGCAGUAAGAUAUUGUGGUUAUCAUAAUCGACAUAUUUUAGCUACAAAAUUAGAAAAAAUUGCCUGUAGCAAAGAAUCGCAAGAAACUUCCCAACACGUUGACACACAAGAAGAUAUUUUUAACAACAUUGAAACUGUCGAAGACGAUGAACUUCUGUUGGUACCGACGAAUAAUAAAGUACCUGAUAUAAUUAUAAAGCCUCUAAUGCCUAGUCAACCAUUCGGACGACGAAGUAAUCCUUGGACUAAGAAAGGAAAUACUUCUACUUCGAAAGGGCUUUCAGGGUUAGAUAGCAUUGAAAAAGAGCCUCCUAGAGUGGUUACCCCUGUAACUAUUCAUCCAACUAGGAAAGAAACUAAAAAAGAUACUCCUAAACAAGAAUCUUUCAUCAGCUGGCUCAGUAAAAACAGAAAAAGGCUUGAAGAUGAACACCCAGCAGCAGAAAGUAAAGAACUAAUGAAACUAGCUUACAAUAUUUUUAAAGAAGAGCUUCAAAAGAAAAAUAACACGAAUAGUAAUAUAGAAAAACUUGCAGCAGCACCUGAAGUAGAGAACAAAAAAAGAAAACUAAGCGACGAUGAGUGCACUGAAGAAAAUCAGCCAAAGCGAUCAGCGUCCAGCAAGUUAGCAGUAUUUGCAAGAAGUGAAUGAUAGCGCAUAUAUUUAAAAUUGAAUGUAAUAUUUUAUUUUAUAAUCGGACGAAUUAAAUUAUUCACUAUUAUUCACUAUUAUGUUUAAAAGCUGGAUUUGAGUUAAGAGAGUAACAUUCAAUCCGAAUGAUGUACAUAUACGAUACGAAAUAGUUGUUUUUAAUAAAGUUUG